GCCAACCAAACUGAGAGCUUCUUCCUCUCAUAUACAUCUCAACCGCAUACAUAUAGUUCCCAGAAUAUCAUCAUGUCUGAGAAUAGCAUUUUGCAUGCAACUAAGAGCAAGUGGAAGAUGCCUCUCUUUGUUUUCUUCAAAGACGCAAGACUUGUUUUCAAGCUGGAUUCUCUUGGAAAGGAGAUAUUAGGAAUUGCAUUCCCAGCUGCUCUGGCUGUUGCUGCUGAUCCCAUUGCUUCUCUCAUUGACACUGCAUUCAUAGGCCACUUAGGACCUGUGGAGCUUGCUGCUGCAGGAGUUUCUAUCGCAUUGUUCAACCAAGCUUCAAGGAUCACCAUAUUUCCUUUGGUGAGUAUAACAACUUCCUUUGUUGCUGAGGAAGAUACCAUCGGAAAAGUUCAAGAAGCAGAGAAGAGCUGA